CGCCCAACGCCAACGCAGGCGCAGCGCUCUGGUUCGGCGCGGCUCACGGUCCGGUUCGGGCUCGCGGGUCUCCGUCUGGGGUAGGGGAGCUGUGCAAGAUGUAUGUGUUCUGGAACAUCACAGACAAACAUCUUUUGCUUGUGACUCCCUCAUCACGGCAGAGCAGCAUUCCCAUCAGGCACUGGCAGGGUCAGCUGGAGAGUAUUUGUUCAGGUUCUUAGACUCUGUGAGUAAAGACAGUUUCGUCUUCCCAGUUCAUCAUGGCUUCAACAUCCAGAGAUGUCAUUGCUGGGAGAGGUCUCCACUCAAAGGCGAAGUCUGCAAAGCUGCUCGAGGUUCUGAAUGCUAUGGAGGAGGAAGAGUCCAACAACAACAGGGAAGAGAUUUUCAUUGCACCUCCCGACAAUGCUGCGGGGGAAUUCACUGAUGAGGACUCAGGUGAUGAAGACAGCCAGCGAGGUGCUCACCUACCUGGCAGUGUGCUGCAUGCUUCAGUCCUGUGUGAGGACUCUGGCACCGGGGAGGAUAAUGACGACCUGGAUCUGCAGCCAGCCAAGAAGAGGCAGAAAGCAGUUGUGAAACCUCAGCGCAUUUGGACCAAAAGAGAUAUUCGUCCAGACUUUGGCAGUUGGACGGCAUCAGAUCCUCAUAUUGAGGAUCUCAAAAGCCAAGAGCUGAGUCCCGUGGGCCUUUUUGAGUUGUUUUUUGAUGAAGGAACAAUUAAUUUCAUUGUUAAUGAAACCAAUCGUUAUGCUUGGCAGAAAAAUGUCAAUCUGAGUCUUACGGCUCAGGAAUUGAAGUGUGUUUUGGGCAUUUUGAUUUUAAGUGGGUACAUCUCUUAUCCAAGGAGAAGGAUGUUCUGGGAAACCUCUCCCGAUUCACAUCAUCAUCUUGUGGCUGAUGCAAUUAGAAGGGACAGAUUUGAACUAAUCUUCUCAUACUUACAUUUUGCAGAUAACAACGAACUUGAUGCAAGUGAUAGGUUUGCCAAGGUCAGACCUCUCAUCAUCCGGAUGAACUGCAAUUUCCAGAAGCAUGCACCCUUGGAAGAGUUCUACAGCUUUGGCGAGUCUAUGUGUGAGUACUUUGGGCACCGGGGGUCCAAGCAGCUGCACAGGGGGAAGCCUGUGCGACUUGGCUACAAGAUUUGGUGUGGGACAACCAGCAGAGGCUACUUGGUGUGGUUUGAGCCCUCACAGGGCACACUGUUUACCAAGCCAGACAGGAGCUUGGAUCUAGGAGGCAGUAUGGUAAUAAAAUUUGUGGAUGCGCUUCAGGAGCGUGGUUUUCUGCCAUAUCACAUAUUUUUUGACAAGGUUUUCACAAGUGUUAAACUGAUGUCCAUUUUGAGGAAAAAGGGGGUGAAAGCCACAGGAACUGUUCGUGAGUACAGGACUGAGCGAUGUCCCCUAAAAGACCCCAAAGAACUGAAAAAAAUGAAGAGGGGUUCAUUUGAUUACAAAGUCGAUGAGAGUGAGGAGAUCAUCGUGUGCCGCUGGCGCGAUAGCAGCGUGGUCAACAUUUGCUCCAAUGCUGUGGGCAUAGAGCCAGUGAGGCUGACCAGUCGUCACUCUGGAGCAACUAAAACGCGGACUCAGGUCCACCAGCCAUCACUGGUGAAGCUGUAUCAGGAGAAGGUGGGCGGUGUUGGUAGGAUGGAUCAGAAUAUUGCCAAGUACAAGGUGAAGAUCCGAGGCAUGAAGUGGUACUCAAGCUUUAUUGGCUAUGUCAUUGACGCUGCCCUCAACAAUGCAUGGCAGCUGCAUAGAAUCUGCUGCCAAGAUGCCCAGGUGGACCUCCUUGCCUUCCGGAGAUACAUUGCCUGUGUGUAUCUGGAGAGCAAUGCUGACACGACCUCUCAAGGGAGGCGAAGCAGGCGGUUGGAGACUGAGAGCCGCUUUGAUAUGAUUGGGCACUGGAUUAUCCAUCAGGACAAGAGGACCCGGUGUGCCCUCUGCCACUCGCAGACCAAUACCCGGUGUGAGAAGUGCCAGAAGGGUGUCCAUGCCAAGUGCUUCAGGGAGUACCACAUCCGUUGACAUCAUGUGACAUGCUUGUUUGGUUUAUAAUGAGAUGUUUACAGUUAAAUACAGAUAGCAGUUGAGACUUCUGUUUUGUGUUGGAAAAAAGACCUGAAUUUCUGAUGACCUGAUUUUCUGUUUUCUCCCUACCCACAAUACAGUUAUCUUUUUUAUUGUGUUCUAUUAUGCCUAUGUGUGAUAUAAAUUAAUAUUUAUAUUCUUUUAUAUUUAUAUUUUUGAACUUAUUUAAAGUUAUGGAUCACUUUUUAUUCAAAUAAAAGUUGUGCUUUGGGGUAUGCUUGAAUCCUAGCGAGAAUAAUCAAAGGAAAACUUGCAAGGACAGUAAGAAGACUUCACCAUUGCGUGCCAUGGUUUAUAAUCUAAGAUAGGCAAUAGUGUGUACAUAUGUAAAUGCGAUGGAUUUCUUAAUCAUAUUUAUUUCAUAUUAAUCCAAGGUUAUCAAACUUUUGAGGGAUAAUCUGCCUUGUAUUUAGUCAGAGGGCUAGAGGUGCAGAGUUCAUAUUUUCUUGAUGAAAAUAUUUUCCUAAUAUACAUAUAUCAAUGUGGGAUUCAUUUUUGUAAAAAAAAAUUAUUUUUUUAAUUUUUGUGUGUACGUAGUAGGUGUGUAUUUUUAUGGGUUACAUGAGAUAUUUUGAUACAGACAUGCAAUGUGUAAAAAUCACAUCAGGGUAAAUGGGGUAUCCACCUUGUCAAACAUUUGUCCUUUGUGUUACAAACAAUCCAAUUAUACUGUUAUUUAAAAAUGUACAAUUAAAUUAUUUUUAACUAUAUUCACCCUGUUGUGCUAGCAAAUACUAGGUCUUACUCAUUCUUUCUAUUUUUUCAUACCCAUUAACUAUUCCUACUCUCCCCCACCCCCUAACUACCCUUUCCAAGCUCUGGCAACCUUCUUUCCACUCUGUAUGUCCAUGAGUUCAAUUGUUUUCAUUUUUAGCUCCCAGAAAUAAGUGAGGACAUCUGAAGUUUGUCUUUGCUUGGCUUAUUUCACUGAACACAAUGACCUCAAGUUCCAUUCAUGUUGUUGGAAAUGACUGAAUAUCAUUUUUUUGUGGCUAAAUAUUAAUAAUACUUCAUUGUGUGUACGUACAUUUUCUUUAUCCAUUCUUCUUUUGAUGGACACUUAGGUUGCUCCCAAAUCGUGACUAUUGAGAAUAGUGCAGAAAAUAAACAUGAGUUCAGAUCUUUCUUCAA